AUGGCGAUGCUCAGGAGGCUGUCUCCCGCCGCUAAGGGAUCGGAUCCAAGCGAAGCACCGUUGCUUAACGAAAACGAGGCUGCUGAACCACGUCUACUCGACAGCGACCAGGUUCCCACUUGGUAUGCCCAUAACGAUUACAUUCGCACAGGCUAUCGGCCGGUCACAAAGUCUAUACAACUCUGUCUUCAGAGUUUAACAUACCUACACAAUGAGACUGUUAACAUCUACUCGCAUCUUAUUCCAGCUGCGACGGCGUUACUUGGCAACUACUUCUUAGCCCGUUAUUUCUCCUGGUACUUCCCACGAGCUUCUUGGGCCGAUCAGCUCGUCUUUCACAUAUACUUGACGACAUCAGUGAUCUGCUUUGGUAUUUCGUCAACAUACCAUACACUGCUGUGCCACUCUGCGUACUAUUCGGACUUAUGGGGUCGUUUGGAUUACGUCGCCAUUGUCUUUCAAAUACUAGGUUCCUUCAUAUCAGGCAUCUACAUUGGCUUCUAUUGCGAGCCAAAUCUACAGAGAAUCUAUUGGUCAAUGAUUGGUACACUAGGGCUCUUGACCGGCUUCGUCGUCGUGAACCCUCGUCUACAAAGUAAAAAAUGGAGAACUCUGCGCCUUUCGGCCUUCGUGGUGACAGGACUCUCAGCGUUUGCCCCAAUUAUUCAUGCUGCCAGCAUCUUUCCGUACGAACAACUUGAUAAACAGGCUGGUUUGAGGUACUACUACCUCGAAGGUCUGGUUAUUCUUGUAGGGGUUGUAUUUUAUGCAACGCACUUCCCUGAAUCAUGUAAUCCAGGAAAGUUCGACAUUUGGGGCUCUUCCCAUCAGAUAUUUCACUUGUUUAUUGUCCUUGGCGUCCUCGUUCACUUCUAUGGCAUCUUAGCUGCGUUCGGGUGGAACUACGAAAUUCAACGCUGCAAGUAG